AUGAAUGACGACGAAGGAAUCGACUUUCGUAAACUUGAAAAGGAGCUUGCUUUAGCUGUGGAAGCGGACGAAAAAUAUCUUCGUGAGAGCGAUGCGAAAUUUCGAGCUGUGAACCAGAGAGUUGGUAGCUAUGAAGAGUUUCGAGACAUUGUUAGCGCAGCUCAUUUGAAACCUUUGGAGAGAAAAGAUAUUACAGGUUUGUGAAGGGGGACUAGUUUAAGUAUGUCCCUCAAUACUGGAUAAGAUCAAGUGAUGGGAAAAAUUCCCAUAUUUAUUUUGUAUAUAUUUUUUUCCUUUUGUUUAAAACUGACUUGCAGUUUAGUUGGGCGAGAUUGACUCCAAGGUCUCAGAGUAUUUGCUUCUAUGAAGAACCUCUGAGAUUCACAAAAACGUUAAACUGUGUAAUUCCUUUGGGUGGCGGAGAAAUUUGGCUGGGUCUCCCUGAGUCUAUUGUUCCUCCAUGUUUUCAGUUGUCACCACAGACCCAGAGCAUAGCAUACUGGGUACUUGCUAUGUGUGUAUUGGCAAGGUUACUGAACAGCACCUUUAAUUUCAGGGGGACCAACUGAGGCCAUACAUAUGCACCCAUCAUUGGUUUGCCCCAGGAUGGGGAGGUGGAAAACCCCAGGGGUAUUAAACAUUUUCAGGUUUUCAAAAGUCAUUUUUUCCACAUCUGGGUGUCCAUUAUGUGUCAAAAUUCUGACCCUGAGGACCAUAUACAGUACAAAUUUCAACAGAAAAAUUUUGUCUCCAAUUUCACUUGGUCUUCCAAGAUGGUGGCCAGGUCAAAUUCCUGACCCUGAGACUUUGCAUAAAUUUCAUAAGGGGGUCCUGUCUGUGAUUUCCCAUAGGCAACCCUCAUCCUGGGUAUUAAAACCAUUGAUAGGUGCAGUAAUGUAACUGAACAUAAUGAAGUCAGAGUAAGCUUAAGCAGGAUAACUCUUGUGGCACAUGGUCAGACUUGUCUGGCAUUGAUCUUUCUUUGCAGAAGUUUAAUUCUUUUAACCAAAGAAGUGUAACGGACUUGUAACCCAGUUACUGAAAAUUAUGUUGAAUUACACUUCAACAGGUGAAAAUACACGCAAACAACCCUGGAAUCCACAUGCUCAAGGCAAGUCACAGACAGUGGUAGCAACACCAACAGCACAAAGUGCCACAUUGUCUACUUCAUCAAAAAAUCCUAAAACUGCUCAUGAAUUCACCAAAAUUUGGAAACGUUACUGCAAAACAGAAGAGGAAAAAUACCAACUUUUGUUAAAACUUGGAGGCAACGAGCUCAGAACAAUUUUCAAGGGAGAGAUAAGUAUGGGGCUAUUAGGAGAAUUUCUCCUGAUUCUUAACAAUUGUCUGAACGAAAAGGACUCUAGUGAUAUUUUUAACAUCCUAACAGGACUUUCUAAGACAAACAGAUUUGAGCUUUCUCUAAAGUUUCUUGGGAAGAAAGAAAAAAAUGCAGCAUCUAGUCUCAUCAAAAGACUGGAAGAUGUGAUCUCCAGUAGAGAAACUUUGGACAAAGAAGGGAAGAAGAAAAGAGAAAAGACUCAAGAGGACUUUUAGAGCUGAGUGAAAUAUAUGGCGUUACCAUGGCAAGUUGAUCAGCAGCAUUCACUUUCAAAGCUCUAUAAACUAAGACUCCUCCCUGUAACAUUAAAAGUCUCUAUUUACCACAAGGUUAUGUAAUGUUUAUUCAUGGAACUUGAAAUAAGACAAUCAUUGUAACACUUUGCAGAAAAAAAAACUGAGGGUGCUUCAGUAAAUACUGAAUUCUGCACAGCGUUAGCCCAUUGUCUCAAUCAGAGUUAUGCUUCUGCUGUGCUAUAGUCUAACCUAAAUUUGUAAUUGCAAUUAAGUUUGGCAUGCUGGAAGCACAAUGUCUGAACUGGGCCCUAAAGAAAUACAGUUGAACCUGUAUUGGGUGAGACAAUGUUAAGUGGUUACCCUGUGCUAAGCAGUCAGUUGUCAGUCCCAAAAUUCUGUGCAGUAAAAUGCAGUUUAAUGGAG